AUGUCUCGCGGCGGCAACACCCUGUACGUUACCGGCUUCAGCCACGGCACCCGCGCUCGCGAUCUCGCCUACGAGUUCGAACGGCUCGGUGUCGCUCCAGAUCAGCCCCCGUCGUCUCGUCGUGCCUUCGUCUUCGUCGCAACCGCCUACCCGCCCCAAUUUGUCCCUCCCCAUGCUCUCUCCCACCUCUUUCACGUCGGUCGUCGCUAUGGACGUCUAGUCCGUUGCGAUAUUCCAGCUCCGAGGUCUUCAUCUAGCCGACUCUUCGCCUUCGUCGAGUAUGAGGAUCGACGAGACGCCGAUGAUGCUUACUAUGAGAUGCAUAACAAGCGUAUCGGUCGUGACGAUAUCCUGAAAAUUGAGUGGGCCAGAACUCCUCCUUCAGCAUCAUGGCGAUUCGAGUCCGGUCGUGACCGUGACCGUCGCGGUGGUGGUAGCGGCAGCGGCAGCGGCAGUGGUGGCGGCCGAUCUCCCCGUCGUGGCCGGUCCCCGUCGCCUCGACGGAGUACACGAGACUACUCUCCGCGCAAGGAUGACCGCCGUGACCGUGACCGCGACUACGACCGCGACAGCCGUCGAGAUCGCGACCGCUCUCGCAGCCCCGAUACUCGCGACCGCGAUCGUGAUGCUAAGGACGACCGUGAUGAUCGCGACCGCCGAGAAAACGGAACCAACGGCGAUGACAGAAAAGGCGACGAUAGCCCUCCUCCUGCUCGCGACGAUGAUCUUGAUGUGGCUGAGUAG